AUGGCUGAAGAAUAUGACGAAGGAGAUCUGCGCCCGAUAUCGGUCAAGUUCCGGUUCAAAGCCAAUACGUUGUCUGCAAUAGGCGACUGGACCGACGCCGAGCACCCCAACGUCUUACGCCUGACCAUUGUCCGGUCUGCCUUUGAUCGAGCCAUCAUUUGGAUACUUUUAGCGCUGCCCUAUACCCUCCAAAAUCUCGCUAGAGCCUUGGUCCCGGGCUACUUCCUUCCGUCGCGAAUUAUCCUAAAAAAGAUGAAGCCAGACUGGGACGACGAGUUCGACAACGAGGUGUGCAUGUACGAACGAUUGCGGCCGGCCCAAGGCUACCUCAUUCCCAUAUGUUAUGGACUGGCCUGGUGUGACGGCAAGCGAGCUCUAGUCCUGUCCGAGGUCGAGGGGAUUACGCCAUUUGAGCAGCCAGUGGACACUCCGUUGGAUGCUCCCGAGUUUUGCCGCCGGCUGAGAGUGGCCUAUGGAGAGCUUGGUGCCUAUGGGCUGAUGUAUGGUGACCCAAAGCUGGAUAACUAUCUCCUUGUUGAUGAUAGAAUUGUGAUUGUGGACCUAGAAACAGUAGAAGAGGCGAAGAAGGAGGGAGAUGUUGAGUACGUGAUCGAGUCAAAUGUCGAAUUUGCAAGGGAUCGCUAUAGAAGCUAUCUAAAGAAUCGAUAUAUGCCGUGGUAG